AUUCCCGGGUUUUCCUUGAAUAUUGUAAUAAAAUAAGUUUACCUACUAAAAAUAUACACAAAUGUUUAGUCACAUGAGCGCAACGCUAAAACUAGUGUAUAAAAACAAUGGACACUACAUUUUAUUACAAGUCCGAGAUUAUUUUUCGUAUGAAGCUUUGGUGUAACUGUCGUGUAGUUGUGAUUUAUUGUUAAACUUUAAUACCGACUACAACCGAACUAUUUUCUUAACAUUUUACAUUAAAUAUUAAGUGUAUUUAACAACAAUGUCGUGUGAUCCGCAUGAAGUGUUAUGGUACAACCGGCUGGUACCAAGUCCAGAAACACUUGAUAAAAAUGAAAAUUUACUAAAUUUCAAUGCUAUAGAAAAGGAUAUUGAUACUAUGAAUUUCGACGAGCUUCUUGAAGAUUUAGAUUAUAACAUUUUAUACUUAAAUUUACUGAAGUUAUUACAGUUUUUGGAAUGUAAACAAGAGGAACUCUGUUUCCCUUUUAUAUGUAAAAAGUACGAAAGUAUAUUUAAGGCAAUAGCGCUGGACGUAAAUGUCCUGAAGUCGGAAAAGUUGGACGAGAGUUACAAAGAAGUUUGUAAUAAAAUUAUAAACAUUAUUAAUAAUACGAAGGAGUUUAGAAUCUCCUGUACUCACGAAUUUAGAAAAGAAUUUAAUAAUGUCCUUAUAUACAAAAAAGUAUAUUCUGAAGAAAACAAAGAAGUGCCAAUGCCAUUAGCUGAACCAAUACCAGCAGCGGUGCCAAUGCCAGUGGAAGUACCAAUACCAAUGGCAGUAGCAGUGCCAGUGCCAAUGGUAAAGAGUAAAACUCCAAUAUCAUCUGUAUCAAGCUCAAUGGAAAGCCUAAACAUCCCCCAAUCGCCAUCACCAACAUCAGAAGACCCGGACCCAGACAUGAUAACCAACGAAUUCAUAAAAUUCACUCUCACCAUCAUACUAGACUGGAUAAAGAACACCUCCAAAUACUUCUUGACAUUCCGUAAUCUGACCAUGGAACAAGUGGAGUUCAUUGAAGAUAUCCUCACGAGUGUUAAGAAAGGAGAGAGAUAUGAUUAUUUGAAGUACAGGGACAAGAGAUUGUAUACUGCGUUGUUUGAAGCUGUCAAGAUUUAUAAAUCGAAGUAUGAAAUUGGUACGGAGGCGUCCGGUAGAGCUUUGACUGGUAACAGUAUAGUGGUCAAGAAACUAAUAAAAGAUCUAAAUGGUGAUUUCAAAGACUACAAAAGGCAAAGCAAAGAAAAUUCAAUUCAAUACGACAUACCUGACCCUACAAUACGACUCAAAACGAAAGGUCAAAGGGCAAAGGACAUUGAUUUCCUGAAUAAACUAUCACCGUGCAUCAUCAGCGAGACCCUUAAAGAAGUCAUAGAGUUCUUGAAGGAUGAACAAAGAGCCAGCCUGACCCUAGACCCGGCCACAGACGACCAACAAAGAUUCUUCAGACUGAUUUUCAGUCUAACUUCUUGCCUAUUCUAUAACUUCAGGAAGCAAUAUCAUCCGUACCUUCAAAAUGUCGUUGAUUUGUUGAAUAAGUAUCCCUGUGAAAUGGUUAAGGGGAAGAAGAAUAGGUUUAAUAAAAUUACUGGGCUUAGGGUCGUUACAAUCGUGAAAGUACCGGCGUUUGACAACAAAAAAGCCAUAUUGCCACCUGAAUCAAGACAAUCUUUGAAAAAGAAAUUUGUUGAGAAUAUGUCGGCGCCACCCUCACCGACAUCCACUAGGAACAUUAAAAAGGCUAAGCUUUCAGACUCGGGGACCAGUACACCAUCAACAUCAGCUGAGGCAGAAGACGCGAAAGCUAUGCCUCCGCCUAAACACUCAGAUUUACCCAAAAAGGAGAGCAAAAAGUCAAAACAAAAGAAGAAAAAAUCAGCGAGAGCUACUUCGUUAUCAAGUGGUAUAUGCUUUAAGCCGGCUGGCGGAGAGGGGGCGAAUAAACCUGCCCCUAGAAUAGUACAAGAAGUUGUAUUAGGCGUGAGGAACAUGUGGCCAGAAGCAUUGACGCCAUCUACUAAACUGAAACGGAGUGGAAAAUGUACAUCAAAAACGCAAGGGAAGCUGAAUCACGAGAUGAAGACACUGCGGAAGCGGCUCGAACAAAACAGUGAACUGAUAAAAGCUCUCUCCGUACCUGUACAGUCAGAAAUAGCCAUUAAAAUGAUGCGGGAUAUGGGCUGGGAUGGCGGCGCGUUGGGGACCCGCGGCGACGGUAUCACAGAGCCCAUCAUGCCUAUAUUGAAGUUGAACGCCGCCGCUGGCCUCGGUCAUGGACCAAAUCAAAAACCACCAGUAAAACAAAUACAGCCUAGCAACAAGACAGACUCAGAAACAAUAGACAGUGAAACAGACAUCAUUGUCAAGAAAACGAAAGAAUUACUCAAGAACCAGAGCUUCAACAUCAUAUUCAAGCAAAACAUUCCAAACCGAACACCUCCAAGCACCCAAAAUACAACACCAAAUGUUAGACGAAGCAAAAAUAGCAUUAGAAAGGCAAAACAAACUAUGAAUAUCAUUGAACAUAUAGAGAAAACCGUUAAUAAGAAGAAAAAUGAACCAAAUAUACACAAUAAUGAGUUUAACGAUCCGGCUGACUUUCAUAUAGACAUGCUCAAAGCCAUAUUAGAAUUGUUAGCGACCAAUAUAACAACGAAAACUAUUAAGUACCAGACUCAUGUUACUAAGAGAAACAGACUUUUCUUAAGGAAACUCAUUAAAUGUCUGGCGGAGAGAAAGGCACCGGGGAUUGAGAUGGGUGAAUAUGUCAAGGGCGUUAUCAAGGAUAUAUUAAACUUGUAUGAUAAGAUGCCAGGGGUCAUUGUGUCGGCUUACUUACCGCAUGGAUUCUACGAAGUAGUCUUGACAAAAAUCACCAAAUCACGUGUAGAAUUCGCUCAAGAAUUGUUAGAAAGGCAGAAAAGAAAACAAACAACUGACGAUUUGAUCGCCGAAAUGUCUAAAGAAGACAUUAUGACGUUUUUGAAACAGCUGGCCCCGGCUUAUCACGGGAAAAGGACCUUUAAAGCAAUGCAGUUAAGACUGCUUAUCGUAAUAAAGAUUUUAUUCUUUGUUAUAUCGGAUUUUGAGGAGAUUAUUUUCGUGAGUAAUCGGCCGUUGCCAAGUAAACAGAAGAAUUUCCUUAAUACCGCUCUGAAUAUGUACAAUAAGAAGAUUACAAAGGGGUCUUCGCACCUUGAGAAGGCUAUAUCAGUGGAAAUUACAAACCGUAUGGGACAAUAUAACUUCUAUGUGACAUAUUCUUGUAAUGAUAGAAAAUUCGCCAUACUCAAAAGGAGGUGCGGUGAGCCAGUACCAAUAUUCAUCAAAAGUUACACCUACACAUUCAACCUCGACGAUUUCAUUGACCCCAAUGAGGUUGCGACAAAGACUAUGAAGAUAUCCAAAAAUAAAAGGUCAAUGCGCCUCGUGACCAACUACAAUGGACCAAAUCUACAAAUAGUUGUUAACCAAAACAAUACACAGACAAAAACUAGUGUUGUAAACCGUAAAGCCGUAGAUAAUGUUGCCAAAGACAUUGAUUCCGAUUCGGAUGAUAGCUACGCGAGUGAUGAAGAAAGCCAAAUUACCACCAGUGAUUUUACUGAUGAUAAAACGAGUAGUGUUGCCAGUGAUAAUAAAGAUAGUGUCAAAAAUAUUUUCGUAAAUAAUCCUAUAGUUAGUAAGGACGUUUCUAAAAACAUUUUAUGCGAAGAAAAUGUUGUGCCUACAAUUAGUGUGAAGGACGCUAUUAAAAAUAAGGUUAAAAUAGAAAAUAAAGUUGUUGAGAAUCAACAAAUAAGUAUAAAAACCAAUAUUAAAGAUUCUAUGAAAGAAUCGCAUGAUAAUGUAGAUGUUAGUGUUGUUCCCGCUACGGGAGCGGAAAAUAUAGAUUGCAUCGAAGAUUGCAAUAUCGAUUUCAAUAACGAUUUGGUAGAUUAUGAAUCGAGUGAUGAAGUCGAUUCUAUUGAGGAAAUCGAUUCGAUUAAAGAUGAAGAAAUCGUUAUAAACAAGGACGACGGUCCCGUAAAUUCCGUUGCAAAAAUUAAUCCAGCUAAAAAUGAUCGCGCCAUCGAUUUUAAAAGUGACGUAACAAAUAAAGAAAACUCUUUCGAUAUAAAUAAGCAACGUGAGACUGAUCGUGAUACGCUUUUAAAGGUAGUUGUAAGUGAAAAAAAAUGUGAUAAAAGACAUAAUAGUGAUGUAACUCUUUUCAAACAAUCUGGUACAGUUGACAAAAUUUGUCACGAAAUCAGCAAUGUGUAUAUCGUACCUGUUAACUUUCCGAACGAGUGUAUCAAUGAUGUGUACGCAGAGGAAAUUCAAAAACUAAUUUCGCACACUAUAUUGACUUCCAGGCAGCUAGAGCUGCCAUUAUUAAUGUGUCAUGGCCUCCAAAAAGGCGCUUUAAUUUACACUUGCCAAGAUAAAAAAUCUUUAGCUUGGCUGAAAAGCACUGUAAGUGCCGCAAGCCAUUUAAAAGUAAUAGAUGGGCCAAAAGUUACAAAGAUGGCGGUGAAAUUUCACUGUCUUUUUGACUUUAAUGUACCGUAUUUAUUCACGAUGAUUGAGAAGUACAAUCCAAAGAUUUCUACAAGUAAAUGGAUUGUAGAGAAAUCCGAGUUUUACGACGAUUUCGUCCUAUUAGUGAUUCAAAUGGAUGAAAAAUCCAUAAAUAUUUUACACGCCUCUGGACUCGCUUUGUUCGCUGGCAUCGACAAAAUCGAGUUCAGUCUAAUUUUUUAAGAAUAAACGUUUUCCUACAUAUUUUUGUAUUUUGUAUCUUUGUCUAGUCGGCACAAACUGGGAAUUAUGAUUAGAUCAAAAGAAAGAAAAAGUUUUAGUUCUAUAUUACUGUUUCAGUUUAAAAACGUAUUUUUUUAUUUGUUAUAGUUUACUAAGGUUAGAAAAGGGUGAACAAAGACGCUGGGUGAGGCAAUUUUGGAAAUUUCCUGCCUUUUAAGCUACAUAUAGCGUUUAUUUUUUAAGGAAACAAUUGAGAUUAUAAAAAGUAUUUUGUAUAACAUACAAAAACCUCACAUAAAUGAGUCUUUAUUCACUCUAAAAAAAUCUAUUUACGCCAUUUUAUGGUACUAAAUUAUCUCUGUUGUCGACAAAUUCUGAUUAUUAAAUAAACAGUAUUACGGGA